AUGCUGGACCCUAUAAAAGAGGAAACAGCAACAGAAAAAGUGGGUGAGCAUGAACAGUGUUCCUCCUCUUUCGUCAAACCCAAAGACGUCUCCCAAAUUGUGGAAGCUAUGGGGCUGCUACUGCUAUUCCUUUCAGCUGGUUUAAUGCUACCAAGUGGCCAAGGGUUAGCAAGCUCCCAGGGAAAACAAUUCAUCACUGCUUUCAUGGAAAAUUUUGAGACCAGCUCGCCUUCUGAUACAAACUUGAGGCUGUUUCUCAUCGGCCAGGGCAAUGCCACCACCGUCACUGUGACAAUGACCAGGUCUGCCUCCCGCCAAAUUUACUCAGUUGCAGAAGAUGAAACGGUGCUUGUGGAUCUUCCCCUGAGUUCAGAAAUGAAAGGCAGUGGCAUUUUUGCACAUUCUGUUGUGAUUCAGGCUGAGCAUUAUAUUUCAGUGGUCUUAUUUAACCAGAAAUUGUAUUCCAUUGCAAGCAUGAUGGUCUACCCGGUCCAUGAGCUUGGCACGACCUAUUACGUCAUCACGCCUCCUGGCACCAAAUUGGCGAAGUACCAGAAAGAAUUGGCAGUCAUAGCUUGGCAGAAUCCUACCAAAGUCACCAUUGAACUGAAAGGCGAAGUCGUCUUCAACGGAGAGUCGUAUGCGGCGGGGAGCACUCUCACAGUGCAUCUAGGAGCCUUCCGAGUUCUUCAGUUGCAAAGUGUCGAUGACUUGUCUGGCACCAAGGUUCACUCCUCAGCUCCUGUGGCAGUCUUGAGCGGCCAUGUCUGCGUUCAGGAAAAUUAUUACUGCGACCAUGUCGCUGAGCAACUGUUGCCAGUCUCCAAAUGGGGCCAGACCUUCCUCGUUCCUCCUGUGCCUGUGCAGACUGGUUUGGAUGUUAUAUAUGUGGUGGCUUCCCAAAACACACGUCUUGUAUAUCAGUCAGGGCAAAACAAAGGCUUUCAAGAUAUGGUGGCUGGAGAAAUCACCCAGUUCUCGCUCCAGUCGCCUCAGGGGUUUUACAUCUCUGCCGAUGCUGGAAUCCAGGUUCUUUUGUUUUUCACUGGCGUCAGGAUAAGGAACAUAGGAUAUGAUCCAUUUCUCAUCAACAUCCCUGAUGUCACCAGUUAUGGCCUGGCCUACCAAAUUGAUGGUCUCAGCAAGUUUAACAACUAUAUCCUUAUCAUAGCAAAAAGCUCUGAGACCAGUAGCUGGGCUAAGUCUGUCGUGGCAGGCGUUCAAUGGCAAGAGAUCGCUGGCUCAGAGUAUUCAUGGGGAGAAUACCGCUGGAGAGCUGAUAAUAUCCAACAGUCAGUUUUCCUUCAGAAUCCUCAAGCUCCGUUUGGUGUUUUGGCCUAUGGAAGCAAGAAUUAUGAAGGCUACGGCUUCGCUCCAUCACCUUUCGGCACAUUCGCCCCAGCCCCAGCUCCAGUGCCGGUUCCGGUUCCUGUCCAGUUGACCUGCCCCGAGAACAGCCACUACGUAUCCUGUGGAAAUGCCUGCCCAGCAACGUGUUCUGACCGAAUGGCGCCCUCCAGAUGCAAAAACACCUGUGCAGAAGUCUGCCACUGUGACAAAGGCUACCUCUUCAGUGGAGAGAAAUGCGUUCCCAGGGAAAGUUGCAACUGCACUUACAAAGGCAUGACCUACAGAGCAGAGGAGGUGUUUUGGGGAGACGAAAACUGCCAGACCCGUUGCAGGUGUGAUAACAAAUUAGGCAAAAUUGUGUGCGUGAAGUCUUCUUGCGCGGCCAAGACGAAAUGCAUUGUGGUCAAUGGUGUUAGGGGUUGCCACGCCACGACCUACAGUACCUGCACUGCAUCGGGGGAUCCACAUUACCUGACCUUUGAUGGGACUAAAUAUGAUUUUAUGGGAAGCUGUGUUUAUCAAAUGGUGGGGGUCUGCUCCAAGAACCCGGCCCUCACCCCAUUUUCGGUCACGGUGGAGAAUGACAACCGAGGCAACAGGGCUGUGUCCUUUACCAAAACGGUGACCCUGGAGGUCUAUAACCUGACCAUCAGCCUGAGCAAAAGUGCUCAAAAUCGGAUUAAGGUCAAUGGAGUUUUACUGGAUUUACCCUUUUCUCAUGAAAAUAAACUGAGUGUCUACCGGAGUGGGGUCCAUGGCUUCAUCAAAACAGACUUUGAUAUGAGAGUCAGUUUUGACUGGUACAGCUAUGCCAGGGUCAUUCUUCCCAGUAUGUACGCCAAUUCUGUCUGUGGACUCUGUGGCAAUGCCAACCAGAAUCCCCAUGAUGACUUUCACAUGCAGGAUGGAAGUCAAACUAGAGAUAUAAUCCAAUUUGCAAAUAACUGGAAGGUGAAGAAUGUCCCUGGAUGUGCUGGAGGAUGCAUCGAGAACUGCCUAAAAUGCAGUGAGGCUGAGAAACAAACUUACCAAGCUGAACGCUACUGUGGGAUCCUCACCAAAAGCAAUGGGCCAUUCGUGCAGUGUCACAGCACUGUUAACCCAGCAGGCUUCUUUGAAGAUUGUGUCUUUGAUACCUGCAUAUACAAGGGCCUUCCAGAUGUUCUUUGUGGAGCCAUCAGUGCUUAUGCAACAACCUGCCAAGCUCAAGGCAUUCAAGUUGGGCAGUGGCGAUCAAAUUCGUUCUGCAGUCUCUCCUGUCCACCUCAUUCCCACUAUGAACUCUGUGGAAAUGGCUGCCCUUCCACCUGCCACAAUUUUGCCAGCUCAACAUUUUGUGAUGCUCCAUGUACUGAAGGGUGUUUCUGUGACUCUGGAUUCCUCCUCAAUGGGGACAGAUGUGUCCCCAUUGCUGAGUGUGGCUGUAUGCAUGAGGGCAGAUACUACAAGAAGGGAGUAGAGUUCUACCCUACAAGCUCCUGUCAGGAGAAGUGUCGUUGUGUGGACAUUGGUGCUGUUGAGUGCCAUCAGUUUUCCUGUGAGGAUUAUGAGGAGUGCAGGGUGGAGAAUGGCAUCCAGGACUGUUACCCUGUUGGCUAUGGAACAGUGACAGCAUCUGGUGGAAUCCAUUAUAUUAACUUUGAAGGGCAAAGUUUUGAUUUUGCUGGCUCUGGCACUUACAUCCUAACUCAAAUAAUUAACAGAGAUGACCAGCAAGUGAAGUUUUCAGUGUUGGUAGAAAAUGAGAAGGUUACUAAUGGAUCUUUAAUUGCAAUAAAGGCAGUUGUUGUCUCCCUACAUGGAUAUACUAUUGUCCUGGAGAGGGGAGUGAAAUGGCAAGUUAAGGUGGAAGACGAGAUUUACAACUUACCAUUUAGUAUUGAUGAUGGAAAACUCUGGAUCGGCCAAGAAGGGAAUAUUAUUAUUAUCCAGUCAUCUGAAGGAUUCCGAAUCCUUUAUGAUACUUUCAACUAUGUCCAAGUUUCUGUCCCCAGCACCUACCAGCAGCACACAUCUGGACUUGGUGGCAACUUCAACACUGACAUUGAAGAUGAUUUCAUGCUGCCCAAUGGAACUCUCACCCAAAGUGUGAGUGAGUUUGGAAUCUCAUGGAAAGUCCCCACAGCUGGGCUCACCUGCUCUGAGGACUGUGUGGAGGAACUUCCUGCUUAUGAUCAAGCCCAAACAUCGCAAUAUGAAGGUGACAGAUACUGUGGACUCAUCACAUUUGAGGCAGGCCCAUUCAAAGACUGUCAUUCAUUUGUGAGUCCUGCAGAGUUCUUUCACAACUGCCUGUAUGACAUGCAAGUCAUUGGAGAGGGAUCUCUCUGUCAAAAUCUCCAAGCCUACACAGCUAAAUGUCAAGCAGCUGGAGCUGAAAUUGAUGACUGGAGAACAGCUGUCUCUUGCCCUGUCUUCUGUCCAGCUAAUAGCCACUAUGAGACAUGCGCUACAACUUGUGGUUUCAGCUGUGCCAGUUUGUACACUACAUUGCAGUGUACUGGGAAUUGCUUUGAAGGUUGCCAGUGCAAUGAUGGCUACAUGUUUGAUGGGAAUGCAUGUGUACCUCUGGAAAAGUGCGGCUGUACCCACAGUGGACUCUACUUCAAGGCUGGAGACAGUCUCUUUUCAACCAACUGCACAGAGAGAUGCACUUGUCACACCCCGGGUCAACUCACCUGUGAGGAAACAGCGUGCCAGAAUGAAGAGGUCUGCGUUCUCCAAAAUGGUGUGCGUGGCUGUGAGCGCAGAGAAGGCUGGUGCAAAAUUUCCCCAGAAGCCCAGCUCAUUUCUUUUGACGGAACCUCAGCAAAGUACUUCUCUGGAGGGGUUUAUGAUGUGGCCUCUGUGUGUGAUGAUAGCGACCUCUCCUGGUUCAGGGUAUCCGUGAACAUUGGAAUGGAUUGUGAAGAUAACCUGUCAAUGGGCAAGGCUGUUCAUGUUUUCUUCAGGGAGGCUGCAAUUACUCUGAAAAAGAAUAACCGGAUAUGGGUCAACGGGCGGUCAGUAAAACUUCCGUACAAAGUCUCCAAAGCUGUGACGAUAAGCACGGAUCAGGAUGGGAUUGUGAUUGACCGGGUUUCUGACGUGGGAGUUCGUUUUCAUUCCGAUGGUGAGGUGACAGUGAAAGUCAAGGAUAUUCCUCCAGAGAAGUUAUGUGGACCAUGUGGGAACUUCAACGGAGACCCCACUGAUGACCUGAAACUGCCAAGUGGGGAAUCUGAGAAGAACAGAUUCUGUGAUGAGGUUCUCUAUGCUUGGAGAGCCAAGGACUUUUAAAGUGGCAAGGUAUAAUUCAGGCAGCAACCUUGGCAGAUCUUUUUAAAAAGUUAAGCAGGAUUGGACUUGCAUGGGAGACUACCAGGAAAUCUAGGAUUACAGGCUAGGCUAGGAUUUCAAAAAGCAUUUCAGAGGAAGACAACAGCAAAUUACCUUGUAGGAUGGCCAGCUGGUGUGGACUCAAGGGAGUCUUUACCUCUGAUUCUUUCAAAUAAAAUAACUGAAGGCCAUGCGGUUUAAAAACCUCAUACAACUUUCUGCUUUAACUGAUGGCCACCUAUGACAUUAUUUACACAUUUUUAAAAGUGUGUUCUUAGCUGACCACUUUUGAUGGAAAAGCAGCAGUAUUCCCUCUCAAUCUAGAUAACUACCUUGCAAUGUUUUUGUACUAAAUUCUACCUUCACAAGUCCCUUUCUGCGCAAAGGGCAGCUUCAGAGACGUAUGUAUCAGGAAGCUGAGGAGACACCCUAAUGUUAUGUGCAGUUUGCUUCUAAAUUUACAUGAAAUGAAAUACAACAUUGGUUCCUGAGUUUGUUGAAGGUCAGAUUGGAAAGUGUUGAAGACAUUCUUUUUCCCAGUUCUUCAUGGCAGAAGGUUAAAUAAUCAACUGCCUGCCUUGGUCACACAAAUAUAAUGAAUGUAUGUAAAAAUUGCCAGUUCCCUACUCAAAUUAAAGUUUGCUGCAUCUGCUGCAGUGAGUUAAACAAGCCAUUUCUUAAUUAAGUUUCCUAGCAGAGCAAAACCUGUUUUUAUUUGGUAAUGUCUUGCUUAAUGAACCUUAAAUUAACAGUAAUUCAGCCAACAAUUAAAAGUACUAAUCAAAUUAAGUGCUAGUUGCCACUUGAUGAAUAAUGUACAAUAAUUAUAAGUUGAAUAAUCAUGCAGCACAAAGUUAUCAUUUAUAGGAUUAAAUCAGUUUUCAGCUUUU